AUGGCUUCCACAAUCGUGCUUGUUACGGGCGCCAACCGCGGAAUCGGAAGAGGCAUACUAGAAAUUUAUCUCAAGAAGCCAAACCAUACUGUCAUCGCUGCGACCCGCGAUCCCGGCCACCCGACUUCCCAGUCUCUGGCGCAUCUUCCCACAGCUGAAGGCACUAGACUGCAUGUUAUAAAGAUAGACGCGACAUCUUCAACUGAUCCCCAAGAUGCAGCGCAGGAGCUUGCUACCAAAGGAAUCACUUGCGUCGACAUCUUGAUUGCCAACGCGGGGAUCUGCCUACUGUGGCCACGAGUGUCAGACGUCAAGGUCGAAGAUAUCAAGCAGCACGUCGAUGUUAACAUCUAUGGCUUUAUUCACCUCUACCAGGCAUUUCGGGGCCUUCUCAAAGAGUCCAGGGACCCUAACAACUUCCUCCCCAUGCGAAAUGCGGCUUAUGCCCCUACCAAGCUGGUGCAGCACUGGUAUACCAAGGCCAUCUCUGUCGAGGACGAAUGGCUGAACGCUUUUCCAAUCGAUCCGGGUUGGGUUCAGACAGAUAUCGGUAACCGUGGAGCUGAUAGCUUUGGAACUGACAAGCCGACUCUCACAGUGGAGGAGAGUGCCGGAGGUGUGGUGAAGGUCGUGGAUGUCGCUAGAAAGGAGACGCACAGUGGAAAGCUGUUCAAAUAUGAUGGACAGGAGGAGCCGUGGUAG